UUUGGAGUUUCUGUAAAAUGUUAAAAAGAAAGUUAGAGCGAAAAGCAGCAGAAUCUGACCAGUUAGCUCCAAAAGUGUCUAUGGUACCAGGCAUUAUAAUAUCAGAGUUAUUUGGAAAGCCGUUUUGGCUGCGUUUUUAUGAAAUUGAAUGUAAUUUGAAUGGCGAACUGGACAGUUUUGAAAAACCACCGGAGAUAACACAUAUAUACAAUCCUAUUGUAUAUGCAGAAACAUUGCAUUCUGCGUAUUUACGUCGUUAUUUAAACGAACCAAAAAAAGUCAUAUUUAUAGGCAUGAAUCCUGGGCCGAAUGGAAUGUGCCAAACAGGAGUGGCCUUUGGUAAUGUUAAAACUGUGCGAGAUAAAAUGCAAAUCUUCGGCGAUGUUCUGCAACCGCCUCUGCUGCAUUCCAAGCGUAUUAUCCAAGGACUUGAUUGCAAGCGAGAGGAGCCAAGCGGUGUACGUCUUUGGGAUUUAUUUGAACGUUUGGCUGACGGUAGUCUGGAUAUAUUUUCAAAGCAGUGCUUUGUACACAACUUUUGCCCGCUGGCGUUCUUCAAUGAGGCUGGCGUCAAUAUUACACCCAGUGAACUAAAAGGUUCUUACAAGGCACAAAUACGCGAUGCCUGUUUGCGAGCCUUGGACAUGCAACUGGAACUAAUAAAGCCACAAAUUAUUAUCGCAGUGGGAGAUUAUGUACAUGGAACGUUAAAGAAAUCCACAUAUUGCAAGAAAGGAGUAUCGGUGCUACGUAUGGCGCAUCCGAGUCCAAGAUCACGGAACAACAACUGUUGGCCCGAAAAGGCGCAGGCAUUCCUACAGGAAAAUGACAUUAUUAAAUUUAUGCGCAAUCAGGCAUAGUAAGUAUUAUAAUUUAAUUUUUUUUAAUUUUAAGCAAUUUUAUAAGUAUUAAAAACAGU